UGAAGUUUAGAGGAGAACAUUUGGGCCAUACUGGAACUCAGAAAGUCGAUUAGCAUUUUUUAUUUUUUUUAAAAAUUAAAAAUGUAAAACCCUGCGCCUUCGCUAAAACGGAAAAGUUGAUUGCCACUCCGGUGGAUACAGUAUUCAAUUCAGAGCUUCAAAUUCAUACUACCAGCUACGCCUAGUCGAUCUUAUGUGGAGUAGUGUUCUGAAGGAUUUGCAUUCUGCAGCUUCCUGUUUCCACAAUUUAUUAUGCAAGAGCAACGGCAAUAGUAAUAAAAUCACUCCUGGAUUUUCAUUUCGCAGAAGAUAUCACAGCAAUAUCCGCUGGGAUCCUAGUUUAUUUCCUCAUCGCUUCAAACGAUGGCAAGAUCUAAGGAAGCAUAAGUUAACUGCUAGUACUUUCAGCAGUGCUAUUGGUUUGUGGCCUCGGAGAAGAGUUCAACUUUGGUUGGAGAAGAUUGGGGCCAUAGAACCAUUUUCUGGUAAUGAGGCUACUGGUUGGAACAAUUCUAUGGAAGAGGAAGCUCUUGAAAGAUAUAAGCUAAUAACUGGAAAUAGUGUACAUUUUCCAGCUUUACAGGUUUAUAAAAAGACCAACCCAGAAGAUGAUUGGCUUGCUGCUUCUCCAGAUGGAGUGAUUGACAGUUUUUUAUACGACUUGCCUUCUAGAGGAGUUUUAGAGAUUAAAUGCCCUUACUUUGAUGGUGAAAUGAAAAAGGCUUGCCCCUGGGGACGAAUACCACUUCACUACAUCCCGCAGGCUCAAGGUUUAAUGGAAAUACUUGACCGGGAUUGGAUGGACAUGUAUGUAUGGACUCCUGUGGGCAGUAGUCACUUCCGGUUGUGGCGAAAUGAAGAAUACUGGGAUCUUCUCAAGAUUGCGUUGGCUGAUUUUUGGUGGAAACACGUCCACCCAGCACGGGAGGUGUAUGAGAACUCCAAGUUACCAGAUCCUUUUUCCCAUGCAAAAUCCUUCAUUCCGGCACCAAGACACGAGUUACAUCAGUAUUUAGUUCAUGCUAGUAAACUGAUUGUGGAAUGCUCUGAGUUACGAAUGCGCGAGUUUGGCGGAAUACUAGUAGAUUAAUUCACAUUUGAGUCUAGAUUAAAGGCAGUUUGGGUCUAUUCUGAUCUAGUUAAGAGAGGAGUAUUGCUGCCAGAGUUUUGAAGAUGAUAAAUGGAUUCAAGGGAGACUGAAAGCAGUUUUUUUUUUUUUUUUUUGGAUCGACAGAUUUAGUGGCUCAAUCUCCAUUGCAAAUGGAAAUGUUGACAUGUUUAUCAGCGCUUCAACAAGCUUCCAAUUAUGGAAUCAAAAGGGUUAAACUUCACACAGAUUGUGAAUUUUUAACAACUCAUCUAAGGGAUGAACAAAUCCCGAUUGAGGUGCAAGAAACUUCCCCUCUAUUAAUUUCGAUUAUAGAUACGUUUGACUAUUGUGAACGGAUUAAAGUUGAUAGGUCGGAUGUAUUAGAAGUACAUAAUAUAGCUUAUCAUAGGAUGCAAGGUAAUAAUCCAGUAACAUUAUUCUAAUCUGAUACAGAUAUCCUUUUCCAAAAAAAAAAAAAAGCAGCUUUUUUUCGUUUUUUCCUUUUAGAUGACUAAUGAGCUGAAGCUGACGCUGUUAGAAUGGCAGGGUUCACAGUUUACAAAUGGUUAGCGAGAUAGAGAAUACUUUGAUGUUCUCAACUCGAGCAUUAUGCAUAUAUCCAAG